AUGUACGAUGAGAACAGUAAUACAGCGACAAUGGGCGCAACAAGCACAAGCAGUACUUCUUCAACGGGUAUUAUGUCACAGUUACUAAAUGUUAAAGAUUCCAGAUGGUUACAGUUAGAGGUAUGUCGAGAAUUCCAGCGAGGACAGUGCUCAAGAUCGGAUAUAGAAUGUAAAUUUGCACACCCUCCACCUCAUGUUGAUGUACAGAAUGGUCGCGUAACUGCUUGUUAUGAUUCUAUUAAAGGUCGUUGUACGCGUGAGAAUCCAAAAUGCAAAUAUUUGCAUCCACCUCAACAUUUGAAAGAUCAGUUACUCAUUAAUGGUCGUAAUAAUUUGGCAUUGAAAAAUUUGAUUUGUACUCAACUAAAUCAAAAUGCAGUGGCGACAGCAGCAGCAGCAGCACCUGCAGCAGCAGCUGCAUUAUCAACAAUGAAUCCAUUGGCACAAUUAGUUGUAAGCGGUCAAGCAAGUCCUGCAACACUUAAUGAUCAGCUUAUCAUUGUUCAACAGCAGCAACAAGCUGCAGCUGCAGCUGCUGCACAAGCUGCUACUUUAGUUCCUGCUGCACUUCCUUAUCAAUAUUACCAAGGUAUCACCACCAUGUAUCCUACUCUUGUGCCUCUACCCAACAACGAUCCCGCUGCUGCUGCAUAUCAAGCGGUUGGUAUCUUUUAUUAA